GUUUGCUUUCAUACGUCCGGGAGUUGCGGUUCUUGUUGCUUGAAAAUUGAUUAAGUCAUCCAAUACAAGUACAAGUAUACAUAUACUAUAUACACAUUAAAAACUUUCUGCUUCGUGGCCAGCUCUUGGUGGAGGACUAAGCGUUAAUUACAACAUCAUUAGUGUUAUACCUAAGUAGUACUAUUUUCUUCUUAUUACAGCUUAGACUCAAUAAUUACAGAAACAGAAAGGUUUGACGAUAAAAAAGACUGAGCGACGUUGAUAAGGCGAAAGCGAAUCCACAUUAAAAUUCCAUAAGCAAUAUCUCUCAAAACACAACCGAAGCACAAACUCUAAUAUUCAUCGAAAAUCAAUAAGUGAUAUACUUGUAAAGACAUCGGCGCAUUCUCGAGUCUGAAGAAAUUAUAAUAUCCGAUAGGAGCGCAGAAUAUUGUAUAAUGCUUAGUAGCCUCGCAACAUUUCUUUUUGGAACGCAACAAGCUACGUCGGAAUCACAGCAUACUGAAGAGAAUCCCGAAAACUUGAGUAACGUCACCAACAAGAGCAACGAUCUAAGCGGGGAAGAUGUAAUUGAAGUGACCUCGUCGACGCCAUCGGUACCGAGCAACAGGGGAACAUUGCAGUUAUCUGGAAGGACUAAUCGGCGCGACAAGCAGCGACCGAAGGACGGCAAAUCGAAGAAACCGCUGACUAUAAAGAAGCUCUUGGCACCAAGCGAGAAUUCUCUGGACGAGGACAUUGAUGAAGAAUGGUAUAUUGUUGAGAAAGAGGAUGAGGAAACAGAUUCAUUGCCACGCAGCGAUUCCGAGGAGGAGAUCUCAGUGGGUGAGAUUCAGGCCAAGACUUCGCCACCUUCGGCCGUGGCGCCUGCGGUGCUGGCCGCCGCCGCCGCUUCUCGGCGAUUGCAGCAGAGGAACUCGCGUUGCCUCUACACUGGUCCUCGGCCGCAGCAGCAGCGGAACUUUCUGCAACGUUCGCGGGCUCAGCAGGGCAUCAAGAUAUUGAGUCCACCCAAGAAUGUGGACAAUGGAGUCUCGCAGUCUCUGUUCGCCCCAUCUCCGGCAUCCUCACCCUGCGGCAGUGAUGCCAGCCUGUCGAUGGAGGACUCCUGGUACGUAACACCGCCACCAUGCUUCACCUCCUCAAUUGGGUCAAUCAAUAUGGAAGCAUCCCCAUAUGAGAAUUUAUUGAUUGAGCAUCCAAGCAUGUCCGUUUAUCGUAGCAUUAGAUGCAAUAAGGAAUGCUCCGACAAGCCGACAAGUCGUGAUCUCAGGGAGUUGCAGGCAACUCAGCAGCGGGAGCCGACGCCCCCGCCCACUGCCCCGAUUGUGGAGCAGAAGCGCGGCCAUAGCGCCCACUACGAUCGCCAUGCGGAGGCCCAGCUCAAGCAGCAGACGCUGGUUCGUCACGGCCAGAAGAGCAACAAUAAGAAGCAGCAUCAGCAGUUGUGCCGCAGCGCUAUGAAUCGCUCCAACAAGGUGCGGGACCUAAAGGCUAAUAGGCAGCGCCGAUCUGAUAUGCAGCAUUUCAAGGUCUUAAGUGGCGCCAACAAUAACCGAAAGUGCGCCUUCUAAAGGGGCCCAUAUUGGCAAACAAACAUUUUUUAAUCAUAAAGAAGAUUGGUGAAUUGGCCAGUUAUAGCAGUAGUAGUAUUUGCAUGUACCUACUAUAUAUACUAUAUAUAUAUAUACUAUAUGUAUUUAAUUUUAAAUUUAAAAUGAGAUUCGAGAAAAGUUCACAAUUACCUUAAAUAUUAAAAAUUUAAUCACACCUAUACACAAUUACGACUUGCUUGCGUAUGUGAAAUCAUAGCUGAUAAUCAAAGUAAGUGCGUAGAUUUUAACUGUCACAAUUUAAAAGGAAAAGUAAUAUCAG